AUGUCGAAUACAUGCGCGGAGCCCAAAAGGCGACCGCCGCCCAUCCACAUCCCACCUCUCGGGCUUCCUCGACCGGUCCCUGGCCCCAAUGCCUUUAGCAACAGAUCUCAGUCGACCACAACGCAGACAAAUGGCGGUUAUUCGAGCCAGCAGCACCGCGAUGCAAGACUUGCGGCGUCAUCGAUGCAGCAUGCGCACUCUGCGACAGGCACACCUUUGACCUCGCCUUUGGAGAUGCAGCAGGAUGGGUCGUACCUUCCACACUCAGGAUCCCAAACAGGCAGAAGUCGCGCAUCCGCGGCCAUGACCACACUAUCUGAUUUCAUGGAUCAAGCUCGCGUCUCGCCACGGAAGUCGGAUCACAGCUCUGUCCCAAGCCGCGGUGGCUCGACAUCCCGAUCCAGGCAUUCGGAGCGCAGCCACCACAGUGCGAUAUCGGGGCAGGCGCAGAUGGAGGCAAUGUAUCAGGGUACUAAAACCACCCGAGCCGAGAUAGAGUCUCGUACUGAGAGGAAGUUGUUCAAGAUGACGGGCCAGAUACCACCCACGCCUACUGUUGAUGUGGCGGACGGUGAAGCCAUCUAUAUCAGAACUGAAGACUUGCGGCUGCGGUGUCGAGCUGCUAAUGGCGAAUACAAACCUGAUCGCGAUGAGAUAGCGAAGCGCGAAGACGUGUCAAAGAGUCCCAAGAAGAAGUUGUUUGGUGUAAGCUUUCCCACGUUCAGUAGAACCUCAACUGCCACUCCUACGCCUCCAAUGCCCUCGAAGGCGGCACAGGUAUUGGGGACUGAAGCUCGAAAGCCUCGCCGCAUCGAGGUGCGCCCAAUCAAGCCUGCAGACCCCAUUGAAACGCCUACGAAAGCUCCACGUUCUGACACAACAACAUCACUCCCAUCGAAAGUACUCGAGGCUAGUUGUGUUCAGCGUUAUCACAGCUCGCCCAGGCGUAAUCGCGCUGCCAGCCGCAAGUCAUCUGGCGGAAGGGGCGCGCACUCAUCUACAGUUCAUCAGAAUCUCAAUUCAUCUUCCGAUGUUGUUGCUCCGCCGACCCCUCCAGCAAAGGAUACACCGCCAGACAGUAGGCCUGCUCCAAGAGCAUCUAGUCCACUUCGUCGAGCUCCACCGUCCGAAGACCUACGCGAAGAAUAUGGCGAGCUUGUCGAUCGAGGCAUGAAGUUGCAGUUCCCCACAUUCGCGCUCUCCCCCUCGCCUCCCAAGACAGCCAUUCCGGGCGUUGGUGGAGUAAGUCCUGCAAAGUUUCGCCCGUAUACUGCUGAAGACUAUGCCAAGUUGAUCGAAGGCGAGGCUUUACAGUGGCCUUAUCUAGAAGAAGGGGACGCAAAGCAAGAAGGCAAUCAUAGCGCUCCACUGGAAGGUGAGAGCCGCGAGUUGUUGCAACCUCGCCAUGACCGCCGGAGUGAGGACAAAGACUACACUGCACGCGUGGCUCGCCAACUGAGCCCAAUGGCCCUGUACCCAAGGUUCUACUCACCCUCUAGCCACCCUGUCGGGUUGUUUGUGGAAGGUGAAAGCCCGUCUAAGAAUACAAACCCCAAGCGACUACUAUUUGGGUUGCCGACGAAAGCAAAAGAUCUACACCUACGCGAGGACUCCAACACCGAAUCCAACAACGGGUCGAUCGAGAUGGUCUUCCAAGGCAGCGUGAACGACAUUGACCCGGGCUCGCCAACUGCUCGGAUGGUACAUGAGAGUGAUCCAAGCCCAGUCACACCCCAUAGACGCGACCAAACCGAGCUUACCACCCGUGCCAUCAACGAGUUUCGUUUUGACGAACAUUCUACUCCUAGAGGAAAAGGGUACGAGGGUCUCCUUCAACCUGACCAAUCAAUGUCGAAGCUCACUGAUAUGCUCGACGGAGUCAGCCCUCAUAGAGACUUGAGCGGCAACUUCGAGCCCAACUGCCCCAGCGCCGUUCCGAGCCCGCUGCAUAAAACGUCUGGUCCUCAAGGAACACCGCACUUGAUUCUGCCAGGCCCCGACUCUACUCACCUUACACUAUGGCCACCGCACACGCCGAAGACCAUGGAAGAUCACUUCUACAUGACCAACGAACACCUCGAUGUCGUUGGCAAGACUACGUGGGACUUGCUUGAGAUCAGCAAGCAACAACAGAUCGCGGUACUCAAUACGAAGCAUGAUCAACUUGUCGAGAUCGCCGCGAAGCAUGUCGAAGGCAUCAAGUCCCAGAUCGACUUUGUCAGCGAAAAGGCCAGCGAUACUUCACGUCACAAUCACAACACCAACCUGAAGCUUGAAGAGCUUAUCAAGCUCAUGAAGAGCGAGGUGGUCGACGUGUUGACUGCGCAGAGCAAGAAGACGACUGACUUGGAGGUACAUAUCAUGGAGCUUCAAAAGACAGUGCAGGGACUGCAAAAGAUUGUAGAACAGAAGCCGUCUGAGCCAAAGACUCAUCCAUCGAUCUCCACGGCUGGUUCAAUCCACUCUCCGUUUCCGCCCGCGGCCCAUCGACCUCAGCCUUCGCUUGUCGGCUACUAUAGCAGCGGCGCCGAGUUAGGUCGAGAUGGCCAGCCUGCGUUGCCACGUAUGCAAGACGGUCGCAACAUAACGUCGGGUCAUGAGGCACAUGUUGACGUGUUUUCGGGCUACAGUAACACGUAUGGACAACAAUGGGGACCCCGUUCUGGAUACCAAGGUCGCAGCAGCAAAGAGGACCGACCUCCCCUUUCAGGAACGAACCCGUACAACUACCCCAAUGGUGGACAGUUUGGGAACGGUUACAUGGGCGGCUAUUCUUCAUACAACUUCUCCCCGAGCCCGUCUGAACAGCAGUUUCCUUACAAUCAAGGCCCGGCGAAAUGA